AAUUUUUUUUAAUGUUUAUUUAUUUUUGGGAGAGACAGAGACAGAGUGUGAACAGGGGAGGGGCAGAGAGAGGGAGACGCAGAAUCCGAAACAGGCUCCAGGCUCCGAGCCAUCAGCACAGAGCCUGACGCGGGGCCCGAACUCACAAGCCAUGAGAUCAUGACCUGAGCCGAAGUCGGACGCUUAACCGACUGAGCCACCCAGGCUCCCCAAUUUCUUCUUCUUAUAAGGACGCCAGAUAUACUGGAUUAGGGCCCACCCUAGCGACCUCAUUUUAUCUGAAAUUGUCCCUUUAAAGACCCUACUCCUGUAGUCACCUUGAGAGUCCUGGUCGUAUCCCUUCUGCCAAUUCCUUCUAGUUUCCUAGUGUCCUGGUGUCUUGUCCAGCUUCCCACUGGACAGUAAGUGGUGUGUCCUGGCCGGUCAAAUUUCCACCCCCCCCCCAUCUCCUUCAGAAGAGAGUGGACUUCUCCCUAUGUGUUUGGAGAAUGCAAGGCAACAUAAGUUAAUGAAAGACUGCCUCCCCAUGUUUAGAGAAACACAACUAAAAUGUAAGGAUUCAGGGGCGCCUGGGUGGCUCAGUCAGUUGAGCGUCCAACUCUUAUUUCGGUUCAGGUCAUGAUCUCACAGUUUCAUCAGUUCGAGCCCCAUGUCGGGCUCUGCACUGGAGUCUACUUGGGAUUUUCUCUCUCUCUCUCUCUCUGUCUCUCUCUGCCCCUCUCCCCUGCUUGUGCAUCCCCUCUCUCUCAAAUAAAAUAAAAAUUAAUUAAAAAAAAAUAAAAUGUAGGGGCGCCUGGGUGGCUCAGUCAGUUGGGCAUCUGACUUCAGCUCAGGUCAUGAUCUCACAGUCUGUGAGUUCGAGUCCUGCAUCAGGCUCUGUGCUGACAGCUCGGAGCCUGGAGCCUGCUUUGGAUUCUGUGUCUCCCUCUCUCUGUGCCCCUCCCCUGCUCAUGGUCUAUCUCUCUCUGUCUCUCAAAAAUGAAUAAAUGUUAAAAAAUUAUAAAAAUAAAAUAAAAUAAAAUAAAAUAAAAUAAAAUAAAAUAAAAUAAAAUAAAAUGUAGGGGUACCUAGAUGGCCCAGUUGGUUAAGCUUCCAAAAUUGACUUAGGUUGUGAUCUCACGGUUCAUGAAUUCAAGCCCCGUAUCAGGCUCUGUGCUGACAGGGCAGAGCCCGCUUGGGAUUCUCUCUCCCUCUCUCCCUGCCCCGCCCUGCAUGGUAUCUCUCUCUCUCUCUCUUCCUCUCAAAUAUAUAGGCUUAAAAAAAUAAAAUGGAAAGAUUCAGAAAGGUUGAAAUGACAAGAUAUCGAAAGAGAUACCAUGCACCAUGCAAGCACUAAACAAAAGAAAGCUAGUGUUGGUGUCCUAAAAGCAGAUGAAUGAGUCUUUGAGGCAAAAGGCAUUAAGAAUGGGCACUUUGUAGGGCGCCUGCGUGGCUCAGUCAGUUUAGCGUCCUACUUGUGCUCAGGUCAUGAUCUCAAGGUUCGUGAGUUCCAGCCUGCUUCAGAUCCUCUGCCCACCUCUCUCUCUGCCCCUCCCCCUCUCGUGCGGGCACCCUCUCUCUCAAAAAUAAAUAAACAUUCGGGGCGCCUGGGUGGCUCAGUCGGUUGAGCGUCUGACUUCAGCUCAGGUCAUGAUCUCACGGUCCGUGAGUUCGAGCCCCGCGUCGGGCUCUGUGCUGACAGCUCAGAGCCUGGAGCCUGCUUCAGAUUCUGUGUCUCCCUCUCUCUCUGACCCUCCCCCGUUCAUGCUCUGUCUCUCUCUGUCUCAAAAAUAAAUAAACAUUAAUAAAUAAAUAAAUAAACAAACAAACAUUAAAAACAAUGGGCACUUCAUAAAGAUCAAAGGCUUAAUUCACACACACCCCAAAUAUACAAGUGUAAUAUGUAGGCAUCUACAAAUGGAAUUUUGAAACACACAAAGCACAUAUAAUCACAGAAUUACAGUUACUUGUCACAGAGAGCUCCAGGUGCUGGACACUUACUGUUUUACAGUGACUCUUGAGGCCGUGCCCGGGGCUAGUGUGUGACCUCGUGAGCAGGGAAGGGAUGCCCACUACGUGGAUUCCGAGGGAGGGAGGACAGUGGGCCUCCUCACACCCCCUUCUAGCCUCCCCCAUCUCCCAGGUCCUGAUGUCCACCCCACCCCCCCCGCCCCACCGGCAACACUGACUUCCACAGACAUGUACGGCCUGUGAUUCAGGUGGUCUGGCCCAAAGGAAGGAACCCUUUUUCACUUUGCAAAAAAAUGACCCCAGAAGGGAGGGGCAUUGGCAGGAAGGCGGGAGAUGGGGCUCGAGCCCUGCACAGGGUGUGAAUUUGGGCGAGGCUCUCACCCUCUCUGGCCUUUAGGCCCAGGGUCCCCAGCAGUGGAGAUGCGAUGGUGGAUGGCUGAUUCCCAAGGGCUGUCCCGGCCCUGACAGCGUCUGCGUGCGAGGUUCCUUCUCUGACGAGGGCCACUGUUCUGACAUCACUGUCACCUUCCUGUCGGGGCCUCCUCUCAAUCUUGCAGCUCUUAGCUUCUGAGAGACAGACCCGGAGAAACAGGCUACCCGGGGACCUGGCACCUCCAAGCUCAGACAUGCUUCUGAUGCUGUUGGUCCUGCUCUGGGGGACGGAGGGGGCCGAGGGCCAGAGGGGGGCCGGGAGGGGGCCACAGGGGGAUUACUGGCUGCAAGUGCAGGACGCAAAGGGGCAGGAGGGCCUGUGUGUGCGAGUGCCCUGCAGAUGCUUCUAUCCCCGGGAAGGCUGGUCUGAGUCUACCCCAGCUCUCAGCUACUGGUUCCGGAAAGGGGCCGGUGUACAACAGGAUGUUCUAGUGGCCACAAACAACCCAGAUGGAAAAGUGUGGCAGGAGUCCCAGGGCCGAUUCCGCCUCCUCGGAAACCCCCAGGACUACGACUGCUCCCUGGACAUCAGAGAUGUACGGAGAGGGGACUCGGGGACAUACGUCUUUAGGGUGGAGAGAGGGCCUUCUGUGAGAUAUACUUACACACGGGACCAGCUCUCCGUGCGUGUGACAGCCCUGACCCAGACACCUGACAUCCUUAUCUCGGGGACCCUGGAGUCUGGACGCCCCAGUAACCUGACCUGCUCUGUGCCCUGGGCCUGUGCGUGGGGCACGCCCCCCAUCUUCUCCUGGACAUCAGCAGCCCUCACCGCCCUGGGCCCCAAGACCCACCUCUCCUCUGUGCUCACCCUCACCCCACGGCUCCAGGACCACGGCACCGACCUCACCUGUCAGGUGACCUUGCCUGGGACCGGAGUGACCACAAUGAGGACCAUUCACCUCAACGUGUCCUAUUCUCCGUGGAACUUGACCGUCACUGUCUUCCAAGAAAACGGCACAGGUAGGAUAGGGGCUCCUCCUAGGGUGCAGGGAGCAAGGGCAGGGCCGGGUCCCUCUUGUGGGUCCCCCAGGGGCCCUCCCCCUCCCCGGCCCCCAUGGCCCUGUGAGCAGCUGUCCCCUUCGGCCCCUCCCUCCCCCACUUCUGCCCUCCCCCUUGUUAUCAGGAGAGCAAGCACAGGGCGACACUCACCUGGCAGAACUGCCCCUUAUCGUGCUCCUCCGGACGCCCUCACCUUUUAUCUUCCUACCAACCGUUUAUCUGAGUGCUUUUGAACAGCUAAUCUCUUCACACGGACACGUAUUCAUAACGCCCGGCAAAGUCGGCCUCAGAUGUCCAGUUCCCUCCCGGAAAGUGUCUCGUGUCCAGAGGUUGCUCUGAGCCUCAGUGUGUUUGCUAAGGAUCUAAGGGGCCCUUUGCCGUCAGUAGCACAGACUGUCCUCCUUCUGCUCUGUGACUGCGCACUGUUCCUUCACGUGGGCGGGUUCUGCUUCUGCGUGCGCCUUCCACUAACGGGACAUCACGGCGUUCGUUUUAUUCUAUUAACGGAAACGCUGCAAUGGAUAAUCUCGUACUCUUACCCACUUUCUCAGGUGUGUGUCUAUGCCUUUGGGAUAAAUUCCUGAAAGUUAAGUAGCUGGGUCACGUGUUCAAUUUUUUUCUUAUUGAGGCAUAACAACUUGACAUAUAACAACUUAUUAGUUUCAGGUGUGUAACGUCACGAUUGGAUAUUUGUAUAUGUUGCAAAAUGAUCACCUUGGUAAAACUGGGAACAUCAUCGUCCAUAGUUACAAUUUUCUUUUCUUGUUUUGAGGGCUUCAAGAUUUAUUCUCUCGGCAGCUUUCUAAUAUGCAAUGCGGUAUUGUUAACUAUAAUCACCUUGUUGUACAUUACAUCCCCAGGAUUUAUUUAUUUUAUAACUGGAAGUUUUUACCUUUAUAAAAAACCUUUAAUGUUUGUUUUAUGUUAUUUUUAAAAAAACGUUUAAUGGUUGUUUAUUUUUGAGAGAAAAAGAGAGACAGAAUGCAAGUAGUGGAGGGGCCGAGAGAGAGGGAGACACAGAAUCCGAAGCAGGCUCCGGGCUGUGAGCUGUCAGCACAGAGCCUGAUGCAGGGCUCAAACUCACGAGCUGUGAGAUCAUGACCUGAGCCGAAGUCGGACGCUUAACCGACUGAGCCACCCAGGCACCCC